CGUUUAAAACACUAAAAAAGGGUGAGAAACAAAACUUGAAAGUGGAAACUGUCGGUUUGCUUGUAGAAGAUCUUUUGUUGAGCUGAACAGCUUAAGAUUAAAUUUUGGCGUUACGACUCUGCCUGUCAGAUACUCAGGGGGAGGGGAGGUCGUCACUCUUCGUUACGUUUCUUGCAAGAAACCGUUCCUCCCCGCCCGAGGCAUUAGAGCUAAACUGUUGAGAGAGUGAAGAGUAGAUCAGAUCGAAUCGACUUGGACAGAGAGAGUGACAGAGGAGACGGAGAAAGAGGAAUGGGGAAUUGUCAAGCAGCAGAGGCAGCGUCGGUGGUGAUACAACAUCCAGUUGGGAACAAGACAGAGAGGAUAUACUGGUCGUUGAGCGUGCAGGAGGUGAUGAACUCCAACCCUGGCCACUACGUUGCACUCCACGUAACCUCCCACAACGCCAAACCUAAUUCGACUCCCGUCAUAAGGCAUCUCAAGCUUCUUCGUCCCGACGAUACUCUCCACAUCGGCCAGGUUUAUCGCCUCAUCACCUUCGAUGAGGUGCUGAAGGAAUUCGCUGCUACAAAGAGCGUGAAGUUGGGGAGGCUGAUCAAGGAGACGACGGUAGUCAAUAGGAGGAAAGACCGCCGUGGAGCUGCGAAGCCACCGCCGCCGCCGUCCAAGUCCGAGUCCGAUAUUCCAGUUUCGGUUAAGGUCAAGAAGUCGGAUGUUCACCUAUCAAGCGGUAGAAGCAAUGGCGGUCACAAAGGGGGAAGGCAUCAUGUUGGCGGUGGGCAAUGGCGACCGGCAUUACAAAGCAUUGCAGAGGUUGGAACUUGAAAAAGUUCAUCUUCACCUCUAUUUUUCUCCCUUGCCAAACACUGCUCCAAAAUUCAAACGGUGGUUCUCCUGGGUCUUCACAAUUACAUAUGAUAAUGGCCAGAUGAAGUACUUAGGUCUUCCAACACAAUUUGGUGCUGCCAAAGCACAACUUUUUCAAGAGACCCAAUAUAGAACGCUGAAACGUAUCCAGGGGUGGAAAGAGCAAUUGCUCUUCUUUUGCUGGGCGUGAAACUCUUUUGAAAUUAGUGGCUCUAUUAAGGUCAAGUUUUGUCUCAUCCCAUUUCAAACUGCCAUCAUCUUAUCAUAGUCAUAUCCGGAAAGCUUGCUCUAAUUUUUUAUGGGGUCAAUCGGGGCAGGAAAGGAGGAUACACUGGAUUUCUUGGAGUAGAUUGUGCCAUUCGAAAGAGAAGGGUGGCUUGGGGCUUCGAGAGCCAUCCUUGCAAAACAAAGCUUUGCUCACCAAGGUUGCUUGGAGACUGUGGAGUAACCCUGAUUCUCUGUGGUCUAAGUUCAUGCGUGCUAUUUAUUUUCCGACAACUGAUUUUCUAAAUGCUUCAUUGGGUUCCCAGCCCUCUUGCGCUUGGCGCAGCAUCAUCAAAGGGAGGAAACUCUUGUGAAAGGUCUUUUAUUGAAGGUGGAGAAAGGAGAUUGUAUCAAAAUAUGGGAUGAUGCAUGGCUUCCCUCCCUUAAAGGAUUCAAGCUACAACAUUCAAAGCCCCUGGACUGCCACAUUACCCAUGUUGCAGACCUCAUUGACACCGAGAACAGAAUAUGGAAGGUCGAUCUGCUGAAUACACUCUUCCAUCCUGAAGACAAGGCAUCAAUUCUUAAAUUGAAUAUUCCUUUAUUCCCUAUGGAGGACACUUUUGUUUGGGCAGCCAACAAGAAGGGAGUCUUUUAUGUUAAAUUAGCCUAUCAUACUCUUUCUGAUGAACCAGGUGAGAUUGAGAGUUCUCACCCAUCUUCCUCCCACCAUAAGAACUGGAACUCAAUCUCUUCUAUGAUCUGGAAGCAUAUUUGGGGAUGCAAGACACUGCCAAAUAUUAGAUCCUUCUUAUGGAAGGCAUGUGCUCAAGGCCUCGCAACAGGUGAAGGAUUUCAUCAAAUCCGGCAACUCCCUUUUGACCCUUCUUGUCUCAGAUGUGGGGCCUCUCCGUAGUCAAUUGAUCAUAUUUUGUUGGGUUGUCUUUUCUCUAGAGCGGUGUGGUUUUGGAUGUUCACUCGAUUUGGUGAUGCAUGAGUAUGAUAACCCAUCUAUUCUUCCAUGGAUUCAGAGUUGGGGUUCUCUAUUUGAAAUGGGAAAGGCUGCUACUAACACGAUAAUAAGCCAUAUAUCUUUUAUUUGUUGGUACCUUUGGAAGGCAAGGAACGACUUGAUUUUCAAUCACAGUUGGAGUCCAGCAGAGGUUAUCAGCCAAGAGCCAUUGCACAUAAUAAAUUCUAUCAGGUUCAUGGAAACCAAACUCAUUCACAAUUGGGUACCUCAACCCUUUCCCCCGUCCUACUUGGUUACCCCCUCCUGUGGGUGUGUUCAAGAUGAAUUGUGAUGCAGCUCUAUCUCAUGAUAAAACAACAAGUGGAGUGGGAUUUAUCUAUCGGAAUUUGUUUGGUAGAUCUCUUUUUGCAGUUUCAGCCAACCCACUUUACUUCAGUCAUUACAAGAAAGGCUUUGGCAAUCAGGAAAGGGUUGCUCUUUGCAACUGGAGAAGACAGUUGGAAAGUUAUUGUUGAAUCGGAUAACAAGGAUUUUAUCACCUCUCUUCAGAAUCACACUACUCCAAUUUUGGAGGUGCUUCCCAUUUUCCAGGACAUUCUCUACUUAUCAUCCUCCCUUCAAGAAUGUUCAUUUUCUUUUGUUUCACGGGAACAUAACUAUGAUGCUGAUUCCCUUGCCUGGAAAGCCCUAUCUCUAACGGCCGAGAUAGUUUGGCCGUCAUCCAUUCCUUAGAUUUUAGAGCUAUUUAACUCUAAAACAUUGGCUUUAGGCCCUUUGCAAUAAAUCAUCUAUAUAUAUAUAUAUAUAUAUAUAAAAUGGUCCAGAUUGACUACUAAGUAUCGAACUUUGUAUAAAAAUCCUCACCGCACCAGAGAAUGAUUGCUCUCGAACUUUUUACACAUUCAAUCAUUUGCCUUUCCUUAUAUUGGUAUAAUCUCUUGAAUUUUUUCAA